AUGGCCAGAACAAUAAAUCUAAACAGUAGUUUACUGCAACAAGUAAUGGAAAGAAAACGUGAAGUGCUCUGCAUCUUGAGAGAAAAGAUAAUAACAACUCAGAAGUGUACGAUAUCUGAACAUAUCCAGACAGAAGAAAAAAUCAGUGGUGUGAUAGGAUGCAGUACAAAAAUAGUAAAGGUUUCAGUGAGUGAAAAUGGAAGUAUGAUGAAGGAUUCCAGUGUGAUCCUUGAAAUUCCUCCUGCAACCACUAUUGCCUAUGGUGUAAUUGAGUUGUCUAUAAAGCACAAUGGCCAGUUUGAAUUCUGUCUGCUAGAUGAACAGCAAGGAGGAUUUGAAAAAGAAAGCACUGAAGGUUCAACUUAUCCCCAUUCCGCAGGAUUCAGAGAUACUUUGUUCCUCUAUCAGCCAGAUGCUGUUGAUAAUGAGAGGUACUCUGGAGCUAAAAACCUCAUUCCCAGCGAUGCUUCUUUAAGUGUAUUGAAACAAGAUCUGUCACAGUUGAAGAGUCAGUUCCAGCCCUUUGUGAAGCUGCCGGAAGACAAGCAAAGAGCUUUGUAUAAAACCCUUUGUGAAUUCUUGCUCCAUGAAGAAAUGGUAGCUGCCCUGGAGGACGUGGUAGAUGAUAUCUGCACAGGAGACAAGCCAGAUAUGAAGGGGUUAAAAUCUGCACAACAGCGAGACCUGAUUGACUUCUUGCAGCUCUUAGGGUGCAGUUUACAGAGUGAGCUGUUGUUGCAGAAAUUUCAGCCUCAGGAUGAAGAACUCUUCUCAGCUGCUCACCUCCUCAUCAGUGCUAUCUCUGAGCUGCCUGAUUACACUCUUGUCCUGCUGCGUGCCUGCUGUGAUCUCCAGGUUGUUCCGGCACUGUGUUGCUUGCCUAACAUCGCUUCAGCUGAUGGCACUGUGGUGCUGAGCAGUCCUUUGGUGGCUCCUCUCACUGACAGAGGAAGAUUUGAUGUUGUGCAAAGGCUGUUUGCUUCAUCAAACAUUAAUUUGGAAAUGACAGAGUCUUCUGUAAAAGCUGUAACUAUGAAAGAACCUAGAUUCCUCCCACUCGUUCUUUACGUUGCAUUGUAUGGAUUUUUUGCUUUAGGUGGGAAUGUAUAG